AUGCCCAUCAAUCAACCCUCGAACCAGAUUAAGCUCACUAAUGUCUCACUGGUAAGGCUCAAGAAAGCUAAGAAACGAUUCGAAGUUGCUUGCUACAAAAAUAAAGUCCUUGAAUGGCGGUCAGGGAUCGAGAAGGACCUAGAUAAUGUUCUACAGAUCCACUCAGUCUUUCUCAACGUCUCCAAGGGUCAAACGGCCCCCGCAUCUGACCUAGUCAAAGCCUUCGGUCCUGGAAAAACCAACGAUGAAAUAAUACUUGAGAUCCUCACAAAGGGGGAGCUGCAGGUAGGCGAAAAGGAGAGACAAGCCCAACUUGAACGUGUCCACAACGAGGUCGUCAGCAUUAUUGCCAGUAAAUUGGUUGACCCCAAAACAAAAAGAGUAUACACUACUGGUAUCAUAGCGAAGGCGUUAGAUAUGUUAAGCUCUCAGAAAACACUUGUCCAUGAAGAAAAAAAUCUAAAGUCUUCUGCUAUAGAAGGGGACCAUGAAAAGCCUAAAAAUAAGGAACACGUCUGGACUGGUGUCGUUGCCACCAAGAGUUCUAAAAGUCAGGCCCUAGAAGCUAUGAAAGCAUUGAUAGCUCAUCAACCUAUUCCCGUUAUAAGAGCGCGAAUGAGGCUCAAAAUCACCUGUCCUGCGAAGAUCAUCAAACAAACUUCUAGAUCUUCUAAGCCGAAACGAAUAGAAGGAAAUGAAGAUCCUAAAGACACCAUUUUGGAUCAGAUUCUAGGUUUCAUUGAACAAGUUGAAUCCCAAAAUAUUAAUGGAACGGAGUGGGAGGUCACAGGAUUCGUGGAGCCUGGUGUCUACAAAUUAUUGGGAGAUUUUGUUGGCGAUGAGACAAAGGGUCAGGGAAGAGUAGAAGUACUAGAUAUGGCAAUAACUCACGAGGACUGUGAUGGAAACUUUUAG